AUGUUGAGCAAAGGGCCUCACAAGGAAAAUUCGGGGAGAUAUGAGCUGAUGAGGAGGCGACGAGGAGCCCCGACGCGCCCAGUGCUCCAGAUUGCGCGCACGUUGGACGAUGAUUUGUCUGAGAAACUGAAGCGGCGUGGCCGACUGGCGCAGGAUUUGAGGAUGUGA